CUCCACCUGAAGUUACCAAUGCUACUAUUGUAACUAAUGAGGAGGGAAGGUAUCUGCCUGGUGCUAGAGUGCAAUAUAAAUGUCAAGAAGGAUUUGAAAGUAUGGGAUUGAAUGAUGUAAUUUGUGAAGAUGGAGAAUGGUCACAACCACCAACUUGCCAAGAUAUGACAUGUCCACCUCCACCUGAGAUUCAUGAUGGUAGGAUUCGAGGUGCUAAGCAGCAAAGGUAUUUGCCUGGCGAUAGAGUACGUUAUCAAUGUUCGCAAGGUCUAAGCCUUUUUGGGUUUCCGAUGGUAAAAUGUACGGAAGGGAAGUGGUCCGUGUCACCAGUAUGCAAAGAGGCUGCUGGAAAGUGUGGGUACCCACCGGCUGUUGAUAAUGGAGACAUCAUGGUCUUUCCACAGAAAGAAUAUGAACCAGGUUCAAAAGUGGAAUACAAAUGUCAACGUUUUUAUAGAAUGAAUGGAUCUGCAUCUGUUAGCUGUGAGUCUGGCCAAUGGACAGACCCACCAGUUUGCUUAGAGCCAUGUACAACAUCCCCAGAAGUGAUGGAGAAAAACAACAUUAGGCUGAGAUGGAGGACGGAAAUGAAAUUAUAUUCAGAAAGUGGAGAUUUUAUUGAAUUUGACUGUAAAAAUGGAUAUGUGAGGAAUCCAUCUUCUUCUGCAUUUAGAGUACAGUGUGUGGAGGGGAAAUUGGCAUAUCCUAAAUGUACUUGAGGAUGAAUAAAAAGAACCAUCAAGCAGAUUAUUUUAACCCAGAUCUGAGGAUCAGAAUCCAUUAACUAAUUAUUUGUACUGUCCACUUUGUCAGUAUUGUAGCCUUGAUUGUCUGAAUUGAUGCAUGUAAUCACUUAUUUUUACUUUUGGUCACAAUGCAUAUUUUAAAACUAAUGUUAAGCCAAUCAUAAAAUAGUAACAAAAGAUGGGCAAAAAGGUUCAAACUCAGAUCAAACUACAGCUUUUUAUGGUAUUUGGAAGAGGAAACUUUAAGGGUAAUUGCACACUUCUGCACUUCCUCAAUUACACACUUCUUGCUUGCUGGCCCAAAUCAGAACCUUCUGGAAGUCUCACUAGAAACCUUAAUCCAGGGAGAUUUAUAACAUAAUUGCCAUACCAAGAAGUUUGCGAUAUGGAUUGAGACCUUUUUGAGUUCUGCCCAUCACUAUUAGCAGUUGGUCAUGGUUCUGCCAAAAUGUUUUGGUCCAUGCAACAAAAAAAGGAUGCAGACAUUUAGCACAAUUGUAUAGAAAACAUUUACUUUUCUGGUUAAAAUUUAAACUGAGUGUCUUAAUUAUUUUUCCUUUUUCAAAUUAAAGAUUUGUAUAUUUCAUUUACAAACUUAAUGAAAAUCCCUAAAGUACAAACAGAUAUUUUAAACACAGUAAAGUGGGAAGGAUUUGUUGAAAACUAGAGAUAAAGAUGAAAGCUUGCAGCUAAUUUGAAUAGCAACAUGAUGCAGGCAUGGCAUAGUGUGUGAAUAAGUUGACAAUUCUUAUCUUAUCUUUCAUUGUAUAUAAUACACGGGAAAUUAGACCAGUGCUGUGACACAGAUGAAUGUAUUAGAAUCCACACAAAUGAGAGUGAGAAAUUAAUAAAGAGAAAGUGAACAUUGAUGGGGUGCUAUGUGUUGUGAAUGAACCAAAUUCUGGACCUGUGGCAAACACAAACAAGCACACACCUACACUAUAAAAGCUGAAAAAAACCACACCCAUUUUCCCCAAAAUUGUG